GACAUGCACGGCGUCGCCAAUUUCACCGCCGCCCUCAUCUCGUAUGCUCCUCCUGAAACGGUGAAACCUGCAGAGUCGCCUUGGCUUUCUCUCUCUGCGCAUGAUUCCUUGCCCUCUCUUCUUCCUCAAGAAAGGCACUUCUCCGACCGACUCUCCCGGCCAUAUCAUCCACCCCUCGGCCAUCUCAUCCACCAUGCCUUUCUCUGUCAACCCAUCUGCCCUUCCAUCUCCGUCAUCUUCCGAUCUCUCCCAUGGAGAAUUUGCCUCCGGGUCAUGGCGCCUACCUCCACGGCGACCUCGACCUCCACAUCAUCUCCGCCUCCAACCUCCCCACCAUGGACAUGGUCUCCGGCCGCCUCCGCCGGUGCCUCUCCGCCUGCGCCCGGCCUUCCCGCUCCAGCGACCUCGCCCCCGCCUCCCCACUCCGGGACCCCUGCGUCCACGACGCCCGCUGCCACAAGAAGGUCAUCACCUCCGACCCCUACGUCACCGUCCGCGUCCCCCACGCCACCAUCGCCCGCACUCGCAUCCUCCACAACAUGCAGAACCCCUGGUGGGACCAGCGGUUCCGCAUCCCCCUGGCUCACUUCGCCGUCGACUUGGAGUUCCGCGUGAAGGACAGCAACCUCUUCUGCGCGCAGCUGAUCGGCACUGUUAAUAUCUCGGCGCGGGAAAUCAAAUCUGGCGAGGACAUCUCCGGUUCCUUCCCGCUGAGGGGACCCUCAGCGAAGCCGAAUUCCCGCCUCCAGCUCAAGCUGAAGUUCACGUCCGUGGAGAAUAACGCGGUGUACCAGCACAGCAUUGCCGGAGAUCCUGAUCAUCUGGGAGUGAGGCACACUUAUUUCCCCUUGAGAAAAGGGUGUAGCGUCAGGCUGUAUCAGGACGCUCAUGUGGUCGAUGGGAUGUCGCCUGGUAUUGAGUUGGAGAGUGAUGCUGGAGGCGUCUAUAGGCAUGAGAAGUGUUGGGAGGAUAUUUGUCACGCCAUAUCUGAGGCUCACCAUUUGAUAUAUAUUGUUGGUUGGUCGGUUUCUUAUAAUAUUAAGCUCAUUAGAGAGCGUACCCAGACCCGGCGAAUGCCGCUAGGCGGGGACUUGACGCUUGGUGAAUUGCUCAAGUAUAAGUCCCGAGAGGGGGUGCGCGUUUUGUUGUUGAUUUGGGAUGAUAAGACUUCGCGUGACAAGCACUUUAUUAACAAGGAAGGGGUGAUGCAGACACGUGAUGAAGAAACUAGAGAUUUUUUCAAGAAUUCAUCAGUGAACUGCGUGCUGGUGCCGCGUAAUGCCAGGGGUAAACUUGGCUAUAUUAAACAGCAGGUUGUUGGAUCGAUGUUCACACACCAUCAAAAAUGCAUACUGGUGGACACCCAGGCAUUGGGUAAUCACCGAAAAAUAACUGCAUUUAUAGGAGGAAUUGAUCUUUGUGACGGUCGAUAUGAUACACCUGAGCAUCGGCUAUUUCGCGAUCUUGACACUGUUUUUAAGGACGACUUUCACAAUCCUACAUUUCCUGCUGGAAUGAAAGCUCCAAGACAACCGUGGCACGACUUGCACUGCCGGAUUGAAGGGCCUGCUGCUUAUGAUGUACUGAUGAACUUUGAGCAACGUUGGAGGAAAGCAACAAGAUGGUUUUCCAAAGGGAAAAAAAAUCGGCAUGAUGAUUCCUUAUUAAAAAUAGGCCGUAUCUCUUGGAUAUUGAGUCCUACAUCAACUGAGUCACAUGAUAGUACAUCUCUUACAAAGGAUGACCACCAUGAUCGUAUUACAGUAGUGCCUGAGGACAACCCAGAUCUCUAUGUCUCUAAAGAAGAUGAUCACAAUAACUGGCAUGUUCAGAUUUUCCGGUCUAUUGACUCUGGGUCAGUCAAAGGAUUUCCCACAAAAAGAAAAGAUAUUGCUGAAAAGCAGAAUCUUAUAGUUACAAAAGAUGCAGUAGUAGACAGAAGCAUUCAGACAGCUUACGUUCAGGCAAUCAGAUCUGCUCAACAUUUUGUAUAUAUUGAAAAUCAGCAUUUUCUGGGAUCAUCAUAUGCGUGGCCGUCGAAUAAUGAUGCAGGAGCUGAUAACCUCAUUCCAAUGGAAUUGGCCUUGAAGAUUGCUAGCAAAAUUAGAGCUAAGCAGAGAUUUGCAGUAUAUAUUGUCAUACCGAUGUGGCCUGAAGGUGAUCCCAAGUCAGCUACAAUCCAACAGAUUCUCUUUUGGCAGAACCAGACCAUGCAAAUGAUGUAUAAAGUUGUUGCAAGUCAACUGAAGCAAAUGGCGCUCGGUGAUUCUCAUCCUCAGGACUAUCUUAAUUUUUACUGUCUUGGUAAAAGGGAAGAUAAUUCUGGUCAACCUUCUCCAGAUGAUGCGGUUUCGGAAUCGUACAAGUCCGGGCGAUUUAUGAUAAAUGUUCAUGCUAAAGGAAUGGUAGUGGAUGAUGAGUACGUUUUAUUGGGAUCAGCAAAUAUUAACCAAAGAUCACUGGCUGGUACCAAAGAUACUGAGAUUGCCAUGGGUGCAUAUCAGCCCCAUCACACUUGGGCACAAAAGAAGAGGCAUCCUUUUGGUCAGGUACUCGGAUACAGAAUGUCCCUGUGGAUAGAGCAUUUUGGGGGAGUGGAAGAAUGCUUUAUUGAGGCUGGCAGUCUAGAAUGUGUGAAGAGGGUGAAUAAGAUAGCUGAAAAUAACUGGAAGAGCUACAAGGAACAAGGUUCGUUGCAGGGCCACCUUCUCUGGUAUCCCAUACAGGUGGACCGAGACGGGAGGGUUGGGCCAUUGCCAGGAUCGGAGGAGUUUCCUGAUGUCUGCGGCAAAGUCGUCGGUGCUCAUUCCACUACAAUCCCUGAUGUUCUAACAACUUAGGUUCUGUCCGGCUCCAUGUCCAUGCAGCCCCAGGAGCCGCAAAGAUGUUUCCUAGGCUGUCGCUUCAUUCCUGAUGUAUACGAGCUAUAUGUUUCCGUCUGAUUGCCUUUGUGUGGUGCCGUAUUUCAGAUUAUUCUUCUGCUGUUUCGUUUUUUUUUUCUGUGUCUGUCUGGAUGUUUCCCAGACCUCCCGCAUAAACGAGGAUCCUCGGUGGUGAUCUCGGCCAGGGUGUGAAUAUUCUAUACGAGCAGUUCGGUAUCUCCUUCAGCUUUGGUUGAUGGUGUCUACAGUUACAAAUCUGGGAGCAUCUGCGCUCUUGUGAUUUAGAGGAUGAGGAUGUAAUUUUGAAAUUCCUGUACAGAAAGCUAUAUUGUAGUCGAACACAGUAGAGCUUGGCUUUUUAUGAAGUGAUUGAUGCCUUCAAUUUGAAAUGAGCAUUCAGACAGCUUACAUCCAGGCAAUUCGAUCUGCUCAACAAUUUGCAUAUAUUGAAAAC